CACACCACAAAGAUAAAGAAAAUAAGAAGAACAAGUGAAAAAUACAGAGAUUCCUCUGAUCUCGACGUCAUCUCCAAACGAAACACAAAUAUAUACGCAUGCAUGGUCUCUCUCUCUCUCUCUCUAACUAUCUAUAAAUACUCCUGCGAGGAGCUCCAACAAAUUCAUGCAGAAAAAAACACCAAGAAACACUCCCCACAUAUUGAAAACAUACAUACAUAAACAAACCCCACAAAUAUAUAUAUAAAUAUAGCUGUUUCUAAUUCUCUUCAAGAAAAUUACAUACACAUACACGCAGUGGAUGCGUGUAGUGUGUGUAUAGAUCAAUGCCAAGGGACAGAGACCCUCUGGUGGUGGGGAGAGUGGUGGGGGAUGUGUUGGAUCCAUUCACAAGAUCAGUGGGACUUAGGGUUAUUUACAGCAGCAGAGAAGUGAGCAAUGGGUGUGAGUUUAGGCCCUCCCAAGUACUCAACCAACCCAGGGUUGAUGUUGGAGGGGAUGACCUCCGCACCUUCUUCACUCUGGUUAUGGUGGACCCUGAUGCUCCAAGCCCUAGUGAUCCCAGUCUCAGAGAAUACUUACACUGGUUGGUAACUGAUAUUCCUGCAACAACUGGCGCAUCCUUUGGUCAGGAGAUUGUGUGCUAUGAGAAUCCUCGGCCGUCGAUGGGGAUACACCGUUUCGUCUUCGUGCUGUUCCGACAGCUGGGGCGACAGACGGUGUAUGCACCGGGAUGGCGUCAGAAUUUCAACACUAGGGACUUUGCGGAGCUCUACAAUCUCGGCUCUCCAGUGGCCGCCGUCUACUAUAAUUGCCAAAGGGAGAGUGGCACCGGCGGGAGAAGACGAUGAAUCCAAAUUUAAAUAAAAAUAAAUAUCCAAAUUACCUAAGUCUAUAAUUUAAAUAUUAAUCUAAUCGAGUGAUGCUCACUUAGACGUCUAUAUAUAUAUAUAAAUAUUAAGUUGUGUUA